AUUGGAACACAGCCUUCGAAGCCGGAAACUCAACGCAGAAGCGGCUUCCGUACUUUUUCGUGUAAUGUGUCAGUCAGACGCGCUCACAGCCGUUUGACUCUGAGCUGAGGUCGAUAUGAAGUGUGUCCGGACUCUGUGCGCUUCUCACGGGCUUCACAGAGGCGCACCGCUCCUCCAGAGCGCAGCCGUGCGUUGUGGCGCAGCCCCUGCGGGAAGGCCGUUCCCAAACCCAGACUUUACUCGAGUCCGCACGCAGCCGAGCCCGAACCUCCACCUUCAUGACAGCCUGCCCAGGGGCUUCUGUUCAUCCUCAGCGCUGAGGAGGUGCUGGAGCUGCGGCUCUGCUGCUCAGCUCUUCUUCUGCUCAGCGUGUAAAGUCAUACAGCCCCCCAGCGAGGAGGCCACUUACUUCCAGAUCUUGAACUGUGAUCAGACUUUUGCUUUGGACAUUCAAAAGCUGCAGCGGAGAUUCAUAGAGCUGCAGAGAUCUCUGCAUCCAGACAACUUCAGCCUCAAGUCAUCGACAGAACAAGGAUAUUCAGAAAAGCAGUCGGCGCUGGUAAACAAAGCCUUCAGGACGCUGCAGAAACCCGUCACGCGUGCUGUCUACAUGCUGCAGCUACACGGAAUCGAGCUCGCGGAGGGAACGGAUGCCACGGCUGACUCCAGCUUCCUCCUGGAGGUCAUGGAGAUCAAUGAGAAGCUGGCGGAGAGCCGGAGCCGAGAGGAGGCGGACGCCAUAGGCCAGGCGGUGCGAGAGACACUGAAAGUCUUGACUGAACAGAUGAAUACGUCGCUGAACAAAGGAAACCUACAAUCAGCCAAAGAGCUCCUGGCCCGAAUGAAAUACUUUACCAAUCUGGAGGAGAAGGUAAAAGAGAAACUGACAGAGAACUUGUGAGGAGGUGGAGAAGGACUCUUAUCUAACGUUUCCGGCGUACGCACCACUACACCACAGCCGGAUUUCGGUUUAGUUUUGUCGUUUUAAAGUUGAACUUUGUAGUAAAUUACAGCACAUUUUUAAAGCAUAUUAUCUUUCUCUGUAGAAUAAAUGCUGCUGUUUUAGUGAAAUAAUUAUGGCACUUGUUCACAAUGAGUGUAAUGAAGGUUUAGGGAAACCUUUUCUUGUCACCAUAAAGCAGCAGUGUGCUAAUA